AUGAACUCUUUCAUCACCACGUUUUUCCUUACGCUUUUCAUUGUCUUCAAUGUCGUCGUCUCCGCUCCCCUAGCUGCGCGAGAUGUAUACUCUCCCCCAGUCAAGUACCCUGGCUCGGGUACGACGUGGAAGGUCGGAAGCCGCCACAAUGUUACUUGGGACGCGUCGAACCCGCCUGCAAGCAUCACGAACCCAGAAGGAGUGAUCUUCCUGUCUACCAAUGGGCGUCUCGAUGUCGACCAUCCUCUUGCAUCGGGUUUCGACAUCACCAGCGGCAGACAAGAAGUUCAAGUGCCUCAGGUCGCACCUGGCACCCAAUAUCAGAUCGUCUUGAUGGGUGACUCUGGCAACAGGGGCGAAUAUUUCGCUAUCGAGGCCUAA